AUGGAUAAAUUUUCUCAGCGUAAUUUUAUCAAUUCAGGCCCAUCGACGACCGCGUUACGCAUGACGUAUCAUGUGCCCACGCUGCCUUGUGAUAAUCCAAAUCGAAUCCCAAUUGUCAAACUCGCGAAAAUCUACAACAGCACGACUGGCUACAAGAACGUGAACUUCGACCGCCGCAAUAUGAAGUUUCAGGUGCAUGUGCGGGAUGGCGGCAAGCGUGUCCACCUCGGCUACUUCGACACCGCCGAAGAGGCGGCCAUCGCCUACGCUCGCUCAGAGUGCGGCCGAGACUCUGCUGACAGGGUUUGCGAUAGCGACCCGAAGCGAUAA